UGCUUUGCAUAAAUAAUGUCAACUGAGAAACAAAUGAUAAAUAUUUGUGGAUCCUCAGAAAACGACCUUUUGAAAAAUUUACAAGUCUCCUCUCAAGAAGUGCUUGAAGUAGCCCAAAAGAAGGGAAGAUCAAAAUGUCCAAAGUGUAAAGGCUCCAGAAUGUUUUAUUGUUAUACUUGCUAUGUGCCAGUAGAAAGUGUACCUGUAGGUGAAAUCCCAUCUGUGAAGCUGCCGGUGAAAAUUGACAUUAUUAAACACCCUAAUGAAACCGAUGGAAAAAGCACAGCUGUGCAUGCAAAACUUUUAGCAUUCGAGGAUGUUACUGUAUACACUUACCCUUGCAUUCCAGAUUAUGACAAUCACAAGCAUGAGAUUAUUCUGGUGUUCCCAAGUCCAAAUUCUGUCUCCCUCCGAGAAAGCCUGAUAUACCUGACUGACCAGAGUAGCCACAAAGAAGACUGUGAACCAUUAACCAAACGUAUAAAGCUAGAAAACGAAACUAAUACUGGUGAAAACAAAGAUGCAGUCGCUGAAAGCAAGCAUAUAGAUUGUUUGAAGAGAGUUGUAUUUAUUGACAGCACAUGGAAUCAGACUAAUAAAAUCAUAUCAGAUGAACGACUUCAAGGACUUGUGACUGUUGAAAUGACAGAAAGAAAGACUUGCUUUUGGCGACAUCAGAAAGGAACGCCAGACACUUACCUCUCAACAAUAGAGGCCAUUUAUUACUUUAUAGUGGACUAUCACAUACAGAUUCUAGAGAAGGACUACCGUGGUGAAUAUGACAAUCUUCUUUUCUUCUAUUCCUUCAUGUACAAACUGAUCAAAAAUGCCAAGCAUGCUGCUGGAAAGUUAUAAUAAAGAUAUUUUGGGGGGACUAAUUAGGUGCAUUUACUUAAGCUGAAGGGA